AAUCAAUAGUUUCCCAUUCAGUUCGUUUAGGGCUUCAAAUGAUUUUGGUUUUUAUUUAUAGCAACGACUACUUCUGAACUUGUGGGUACUGUUUACCGGUGAGUGAAAUUAUAACAUGUGGAGCGAAGGAAAUAAUCAGACUGAAGCUAGAAUUAGGCACAUUUUGAAAGGUUACAACUAGACUUAGUUUCAAGUGAAACAUUUUUGUCAAACAUCUAAGAACACGUUACAUAACAUUGGUAAGCAAUAGAUGGAACAACUCAUCAAAAGUCAAAGUUUCGUUCAUGACGAUGAGAAUGUGUACGAUAACUUUAGAUCAACUUUCAGCUCUUUAAAAGACGAUGACACAGAGGUUGCCAAGAGAGGAUUACAGGAUGUCUUCAAGGGGUUAGAUGCCCUUGGUGAUAAACUCACAGAUAAAAUGAAGCCCCGCUUUGAAACCCAUGGCUGGAGAAUGGCUGAAUUUGCUUUUCAGGAAAUUGUAUAUACUGCUUGUGAAUUUACCAGAAGCAGUCCAUCUAAGGAAAUUGAAAACAGAUUCUACUUGUUUAUAGUCCGUCUACUUGACAAUAGCUUCACACUUCUGCAUAUAACCAUUGCUUAUAACUGUCUUCGGGAAUCGGAUCUGCGAGUAAAAGAACACAUCCAGGAGUUUGAUCAAACCAGUGUGACAAAGUUUUUGUCAGUUGUUUGUAAAUCAAUCAAGUCAGAAGAAACUAACUCUGGUGAUGACUAUGGAGACACUUACUACAGAUUUAUGUGUGAAGUAAUUCAAUACAUAUUGACUGAGAGUCAAGUGAAAGCAAACUUCAGCACACUCCUUGAUUAUGGAGCAUACUGUUUCUUAGACAGUAUUACGCUGAAGGAAGAUGUUUACAGUAACAUGGCGAGCAUAGGAUACAAGAUCAUAAAUCUUGUUGAUGAGCCGUUUGCAACUUCUGACAUUGAAAAGAUUAAACAUUAUAUCAAGAAAUGCAUAACACUUUUUCAAUCCCAAACCUUUGCACCAAAUAAGAAAGUAUCUAAAGAAACUUUGGGCUUUAUGGAAAAAAUGAUGAGUGAAAUGGGGAAACAUGGCAAGCUUGAAGAGCUCUACAAUGAAGUUUUUGAUCUUAUAAUAGCCACCACAAAAUGUACAUAUACUUUAGAAGGAGAGAACUAUCUCAUGGAUUUAUUUUAUGGAGCUCAAGUUUUUUUUUACAAUUAUGAAACUAAGACAGCAACAAAAGAUAUUGCUGCCUUUGAAAAUAUUGUACAGAAGUUUAUACAAGUGGUUAAUGAAUUGGACAUUAAAUUUUUGAAUCACAAUGGAUUUGCAUAUUCUGUUGUUGAAAAUGCUCUAUCUUACCACUUUGGAAAUAACAAACAGUUAUCAAAGUCGUGGCUGCAAAUGUUGGUUCCUCUACUUAGAAAGCCAUGUAAAAGUACAUUGAGAGCCUGUAAAACUUUAGUGUAUGAAAAUAAAGCAGUCAAAUGGAAGGAACAUACAGAUAUCAUUCGACCUGUGAUAGAAUUGAUUCAGUCUUUUCAGCCACCAACUUGUAUUGCAGACAUGGAUGAGGAGAAACAACAAGAUGCCAAGGAUUAUUUAGAAUACUUUAAAACAACUGUGGAGUACUUUUUUGAUGGUUUAGGAAAAGAUAAAUUAACAAAAACUUAUGGAAAAGUAAUGAUGAACCUGUCAUUAAAAUUUUUGAAUACUGAACAUGGAGAAUUGUAUAACCUUGCAGAGAACAUUGCUGAAAGAAUUGAAUUGAAUGCUAAAGAAGACAAGCCUGCAAUGAUUGAAGUGAUGAAAAAACUUCAUGAACUAGUGAAGAAUACAAAUCUACCUUGGUCUUCUUGCUGGUAUUUAUACAGAGCAGCCAAUGAUUUGAUAAGUGCAUCCAUAAAAUCUUUUAAAGAUGGUAAAGUAUUUUCAGACGAGGAUUUUGGAGUCUUGGUAUCCAUCUGCCUGACAUGCCUUAAAGAAGAUUGUUUAGAUUCAGAAAGCAGAACUUUUCCAUCUGGUCACUUUUCAAUGUUUCUUACUCUUGUAGGACCUUUAUUUGAAUGGCUUAAGGCUUUAAAUAAGAUGGAUCUAGCUGCUUCUCUUGUACCAGAACUUAUGAACUUAACAGCUGUAGAUGAUGAAAAUGUAUUGACUUUAGUUGGAGUGUACAUAUUACUAUUUGGACAAGUUCCAUCUGGCCAAAAGAUUGCUGCUCAAUAUUUGGACAGGCUGCUAAAAGCUUAUUUAGAUACAGAAAAUCAAAACUUUUUGAUGGCAAUCAAUGAAAUUUAUCCACACAAUCCAAAGGCUUUGACACCCCACUUCAGAACCUUAAUUGAACAAAUGAAAGACAGUGGUGAUCCAUCUUUAGUUUCAUACCUAGCACUGCUCUUUCAAAAAGUAUCAAAAAAACAGGCUGAGCUUUUCACCAGUAAAGAUAUUAAGAUGUUGUUUAAGAAGGUUCAAGAAGAUUUCACUUCACAAGUGUCCAUUCUUAUGAUUCUUCAAGAGUUAACAAAAAGAUGUCCAGAGAAAGUUAUUGAACAAAAACAGUUUUUGUUUGAUAAGUCAUCAUGGGUCCCAAAUGUGCAUUAUUACAUUAAUGAUAUGAUGAUAACUCUGGCUUUGUACAAAAAGGAUAUUGCUACUACUGUGAUGAGUGACAUAUGUCAGAGUUUGAAGUCCAGUCAAGACAAAAGCGAACUGUUGACUUUAUUUAAUUCACUUAGAGUCAUUGGCUUCAAGUAUCAAGAUUUAUUGAAAGAAAGACGAAAAGAAGUGGAAUCAUUUUCUGCAACAGAUCCAGACAUCAACAAUAUGAGGAAGUUAAUCCUAGAUAUGAUUGAUGGGAAGACGCCUGAUGAUAUGGUGAAGCAGUUAAAGAAACAAGAAGAAGAAUUAGCCAGUUUAGUUGGACGAGUGGAUGAAACGGAAGAAAUUCUGAAUGAAGUGAAAGUGGAAGUAUCAAAGCAAGGGGAGCAAUUAGAUAAUGUCAAGAAUGAAGUCAAAGAGCAAGGGCAAAAAUUAACUAAUGUAGAAAACAAAGUGGAUGAAACUGUUGCUAAAGUGGAAGAAAUUGAUAAGAAGACUCUAAGUCAUGCUCCAUUCUGGGCAAGAGACAUUUCCAAACUUUUAAAUCCAAAGAGUGAACAUGAUUGGAGGUUACUAAGCAGUCGCUUAGGUUACAACAAUGAAGAUAUUAGAGGUUGGGCUCAACAAGCAGAUCCUUGUAUGGCUUUACUGAAUGAAUGGUACACAACUCAUAAGACAAGUGAAGCAAGUCUGGCUGUUUUAACACAACUUCAAGAAAUGGACAGACUUGAUGCUGCUGCCAUUGUGGAGAAUGCUAUGAAAAAUGCUGAGGCAGUUGUUGAAGAUGAAGAGUUUGAGUAUCCCUCCCCUCCCCCAAUCUUCAUCAGCUACCAGUGGUCACACCAAGCAGAAGUCAAACUGUUAAAACAACAUUUAGAAAUGGCUGGCUAUGAGUGCUGGCUGGACAUUGGUCAGAUGGGAGGGGGAGAUAAACUGUUUGAGAAGAUUGACACUGGAAUCAGAGCAACUAAAGUUGUCAUCAGUUGUGUCACUAGUAAAUAUGCCAAGUCUCCAAACUGCAACAGAGAGGUGAACUUGUCAGUAAGUCUCAACAAACCCAUAAUACCACUAUUACUAGAGCAAUGUCCGUGGCCACCACCUGGCUCUAUGGGACCAAUAUUUAGUGAAUAUUUAUUUAUCCGAUUCUUCCAACGAACUGGAGAGGAAAUGCCUGACCAGAGAUAUUGGGCAAAAGACAAAUUCCAAGAACUUUUAAUGCAACUAAAUGUGGUUGGAGUUCCUCCUGAUGAAACCAAAGUACAACCAGAAUAUAGAAACUGGUGGAUUCCAGUUGUUCAAAAAAUUACAAUAGACAAAAGUAAAACCAAAAAUGGUGGAACAGUAGCAGAAGUGGUGCAGUCUGAUUUGGAUAAAAUUGCUUCUGAGUCCCCAGACAUUUUCAUUUCUUACCAGUGGGGGAAACAGAAGAACAUAAUCAAAUUAUAUGAACGACUGACCUCCCUUGGCUUUAGCUGCUGGCUGGACAUCAAACAAAUGGGAGGGGGAGAUUCACUGUAUGACAAAAUUGAUAGAGGCAUUAGAGGCUGUAAGGUGGUUUUGUCAUGUGUCACACAGAAGUACUCACUGUCUGCCAACUGUCGUCGUGAAGUCAGUCUGACUGAUUCUCUUAAGAAACCAAUGAUUCCAUUACUACUGGAAAAGAUGACCUGGCCACCAAGUGGACCCAUGAGUAUGGUCAUGACACAAUUAGUCUACAUUAAUUUUUCUAAGGACGAAUCAAUUCAAAUGACAUGGGAUGGUUCAGAAUUCAAUGACUUAUUAAAUCAAAUAAAACAACAUAUUCCAAACAAGAUGACUACAAUGACCACUUCAAGUAAUAAUUCAACAGAAGUAGCAAAGUCUACCACCAUUAUUGUCUCUCCUUCAACUAAGACAACACAGAACACAUUGAAACCAACUUCACCUUUACAGAAACCAGAGAGAAAAAAUUCACAACCCACAAAAUCAACACUAGCACCAUCACUAGCACCAUUAAAACCACAGCCUAAAAUUAACCAAAUACAAAAACUUCCUUCUCCUGUGACAUCUCCUCCAUCAACUGCAUCUUCUCUUUUGAAACAAGAUUCUGUUAAAAAAUCUGACACUUCUGUCAGAGCACCACACACUAAACCACUCAAUAAACCACUCACUAAACCAUUACCUUCUUCAAAAACUUUACCAUCAAACAAAACACAGAUGGAAGAACAAAAUAAUACAAGUAAUAAUGAAGCUCUUAGCAUAAGACCAACAUCCAAAACAAUUCUAAAGCCUAUUUCAUCGGAUGCCAGGCAGCCUUCCAAGCAAGCUGCAUCAUCAAAGUCACCAGGGAAAACUCAACCAGUAAAAACCAUUCAGCGGACACCUGGAAGACCUUCAAGACUUCCUCCGAUAGAACAAGAAAAUGGUGAAAAGAAAUCUCCAGCAAAGAAAGUUUAAUUAAAAUGAUCAAAUGCAAUAGUAUCAUGUAGUAAAGAUUAAUUUGUCCUACAGGCAUGUCAAACAUUCAAUAAUUAGAGUGUGGGUGUGUCCUUGCAGCCUAACCAAGACACAAUCAAAAUUUGGUUCAGUAACAGCAAAUGUUUUUUUUUAAUUUAAUUCAAUCCUUAAAACUUUAGACAAUGUUGACAUUUCACUUUUACAUGAUUUACAAUUGUUCAUUUAGUAGGAGAACAAUGUAAUGGAACAUUUUAUGAAACUGUGGAAUGUUUGAAAUGUCCAUAACAGAAUUUUUUAUUGGAUGAUUUGCUUACAAUUUGUUCUCUUUAUCUCAGCACCAGUCUAGAUUCAGCUGGCACAAAAAGUAAUGAAACCCAAUGGUACACCAACAUUUGAACUAUAGAAGUAUAUUGAAAUGUUUUUAAAGAAAAUCUGCUAAUAUGAGUGCAUGAACUGAGGUUUUAUUUGCAGCUAGACACAGAACAUUUGAAAACAUCAGGAAUCUUCUAGAAAAACACGAAUGAAAAAUGUAAAAAAAUACUUUGAAAAAAUAAUAAAGCUUAUACGAAGUGUAAUUGUAUCAAUGAGUUUGGAUCAGUCUUGUAAUACUAUUUGUAAUAGAUCAAGACUAGAACAAUGGGGGGGGGGGGGGGGCAUGAAAGGUAUAUCUGGCUGAAUUGGACCGUAAUCAUUUUUUGAAAGCAUUUAUAAAAAAUAAGGGGAAUUACAUGAAUUCGAACUCAUGGUUCAAACGGACAUUCUAUCCACUCUGAUAGUGAGGUGCUUAUGAAAAGGCUGUAUAAUUAUCUAUUGUUUGUUAAAACUUUAAUGUGGCGACCUAUGAAGGGGACUAAUUUAGUCAAGUACUAUUUCUUUCUCUUGUUCGAGAUACCAAACAAACUACUUAAUUACCAAUAAUUGUAUUUUUUCCUUGUGUUGUCAGGUAAAAGAAAUAUUGCAAAAUUUCAGCUUGAUCCGAGCUAGGGUGUCGGAGAAAUAACGUGUACAAACUUUUUACUAGACAGAGUGAGUUGAUAUAAGCUUGGUAAAAAGGAUUAUAUUUUGAUUAUCAUUAUUUGAAAUAGUAUAUGCUUAUAUUUUGUUCAAUUUAUUUAUCUCAAUGACCAAUAGAAACUUUUUUUUUGUAUUCUUUAAAGCUAAACUCAACGCUGUGUUUUUAUCUAGAUCACUGUAUAUUGUUAUGUUUUGUUUACGCUCUAUAUUUCUGAAAGGAUUUUAAAAUGUUUCAGAAAAAAAAAAAUAUAGGCUAUACAAUGGA